AAAGUGAAAUUUUAAUUCAUCAGUGGAAAGAAUUGGAUCAUCAUUAUCAUCAUCAUCAUCAACUCUUCUGAUUCAAAUAUUUAUAAUGUUGUUGAUAUAGAAAUAUAUGACAACCGGAAGUAUCGUUAUGAUGACCCUUCAACAACAACCGGCUACAAAUGCAUCCGCAUUAGCCAUAUCUUCAGCUACAAUUUCAGCCCAUAAUAUAAAUAAUAAUAAUAAUAAUAGUAAUAAUAAUAAUUCAAUGAUUAAUGGUAAUCAAUCAAAUAAUAAUAAUAAUAAUAAUGGUAUUAUUGGACAUCGUUUUGAAGAAACACGAUUAGAAUUAAUACGGCUACGACGUACAAAUGAUUAUUUCCGUGAAACAUUAGCCACACAUGAACAUUUGAUUCGAUUAUUGGAAGGUAUACGAGAAUGUCUUGAACGUCGUAAUGAUGAUUUAAUGGAAAUUUGUACAUGCAAAAAUUUCUUACGUCCAGAAUUUGCUCAAGAAUUGGAUAGUAAAGAUUUAUUAAAAGAUUUAUAUACACAAUAUUAUCAGGCAAAACAUGGAUUGCCUGUAAAUCUAUCAUUAACUUCUGGAUCAUCCGAUCUUUCAUCAUCAUCAUCAUCGUCGUCAUCAUCAUCACCUACAAGUAAAAUAUCAAAUGGUCAUUAUCAUGGAAGAAAAUCUCCAUUUUUAUCAAAAUCAUAUCUUGAUAAUAAACGUACAACACCACCAAGAGUGGAUACAACACAAUCAUUAUCCACAUCGCCAAGUUCAACAUCGAAAUCAUCACCAACGACAACGACUACGAAUAAUUCCCAUCAUGCACAUAAGAUCAUACCGACAUCACCAUGCGGUUCAUCAUCAUCAUCAUCAUUAUCGUUAUCGCCAUCAACAACAACCACCUUCUCUUCCUGUUCAACGACAACGAAACCACCCGCACAACAAUCACAUCAUUAUCAACGAGAUAUUGAAUCUAUAGAUGUAUCAUCAUUAUCAUCAUCAGCAGCCGCUAUUUUAACGAUCUCGGCUGCAUUAGCCGAAAUGGCAAAUAAUGGUCAGAAAAAUGGUCAGAAAAAUGGUCAGAAAAAUCGAACAUCAUCAACAUCAUUCUAUGAACAAGCUAAAAAAGCAACAGCAGUUUUACAAGCCGCAGCUACCUCAUCAUCAUCUACAACAACAACUGCAACAAAUAUCUUUAAACAUGAUUCGACAUCAAAUUCCAUUCAAAAUGAUGAUUCAAAUUCUUCACAUUCAAUACAAGAUAAUUUUGUCAUGACUACUGAUAGUAAUGGUUGUCGUGGCUCAAAUCCUCAAAAUGUUAUCGAUGAUGAAUGUUCACAAGAUAAUGUUGAUAAUGAAAAUAAUGAUGACGAAGAUCAAAAAUAUUCGAUAAACGGUAAAUCGUUGGUUAUUGAUGAUCGUAAUAAUAAUCCUAAUGAUUAUGAUGAAGAUGAUGAAAAUGUUGAAAUUGAAAUUGAUGAUGAUGAUGAUGAUGAUAGAAAAUUUAAUGGGACUAUCCAAUCAUCAACAACAACAUUACCAAUAUCAAUGAUUGUAAAGAAUGAAGAUGAAAGUAAUGAUGCAAUAACAACAAAAUCAAUGAAUACCGAUGUGGAUACAGAUACCGAUAUUGGCAAUCAAACAAUUGCACGUCCAUCAAGACUACCGAUACUUAAAUCGAUGCUAUCACCUGGUGAUGAUGAUACAAUAAUGACCGAAGAAAAAAUUGAAAUAAAUCUAAAUCCGAAUGAAUUAUUUUUCACCGGAAAUGGUAAUGAUUGCCAGAAUGGUAAUUUAACCGAUUUAUCAAACAAAUCAAAUGGCGAACAUUGUCUUAAGAAUCGACCAACAUCAUCAGUAUCAAACAAUGAUACGAUAACUACAUCAUCAACGACAAAUAAUUUCAAUGUUUCAUCAUCAUCUAAUGAUAAAUCCAAUCAUCAUGAGAUUGCAUCAUCAUCGACAAACAAUAAUAAUUCAUUGGCAAUGUCCAAUGCUGCUGCCGCUGCAGCCGCAUUAAUAGCCGCAAAUUUCCAACAAAUUCAUCCUCAAAGUAUUGCUGCUUCUGCAUCACCACCAUCAGUGGUGACACCCGUUUCUUCGAAUCAAAUACCCGGUGUAAUUCCCGGCGGUCCUAUCAGUAAUCUUCGCAUUGCAUUAUCGGCUACCGGAUCAUCUAAUCGAAAAUCACCAAAUGUAUCACCCAGUAUGUUGGCCACGAUUGCAGCAGCUAAUGGUCUCAACAUAAAUAUGGACGCUAUUCGACCGCACAAAUGUCAUUGGCCUGAAUGUAAAUUUGCAACCAAAGAUCGAAAAACAUUACGCACACAUAUGAGAAUACAUACGAAAGAAAAACCAUUCAAAUGUUCAUUUCCAAAUUGUAGUUAUGAAACAGGAGAUCCUUCCAAUUAUAGAAAACACAAACGUCGACAUAUUGCUCAUACAAUAUUUGCUUGCGAUUAUGAGGGCUGUAAUUUUACUACGAACAAACCUGAUUUUAUGCAAAGUCACAUAGCCAUACAUAAAGGAUUAAAACCAUUCUUAUGUGAUUUUGAAAAUUGUUCCUCAUCGUUUUAUACACGAUCAAAAUUGGAAGCACAUCGACGUAAACAUCUUGCAUCAGGAGAAUUUCCAAUGUCAUUAACACAUGUUGAAGAUAAGGAUAAACCGAUUGUUUGUACCUAUCCAAAUUGUGGUAAACGUUUCAUCAAUGCUGCAGGUUUGGCUGGCCAUGAAGUAACUCAUUUGGCAACUCAUAACAAAUAUGGCGCUUUCCUUGCUGAACAUGAACGUGAAAAACCAGUUGUUUGUAAUUUUCCUAAUUGCGGUAAACGAUUCCUAAAUACUGCUGGCUUGGCUGGUCACGAAGUAACACAUCGAAAUUUUAUUAGCCAGAAUAUGGGAGCCAUAUUUAAGAAUUUAAGCUUUAAUCAACUAAAAUCAUUAGGAAUAUUUUCAGUUGCCAAUAUGAAACAACAACAACAACAGCAGCAGCAGCAGCAAAACCAACAGAAUGGAUCAAAUUCGCAACAACAACAAUUACAACAACUUCAAGCACAAUUAUUAAUGUCUGCAGUGCAGAAAGGAAAUCAAUCAAUUCAAUCGGAAUCUCAACAAAAGAAAUCGCUUUCAGGUAAACCUGGAGAAGUUAUUGUUCUAGAUAUUUGAUCAACU